AUGACUGCUUUCAAUCCCCUUACUACUAUUCUUACUCAAAACAAACUUGAGGGUUCGAAUUAUGUUGAUUGGAAACGAAACUUGAAUAUUGUCCUAAUUGCUGAAGAGUACAAAUUUGUGCUCGAUGAGGUGUGUCCAGAAAAACCUGGAGAUGAUGCUACGGAUGAUGGACAAAAGGCUUACCAGAAAUGGGUCAAGGCUGAUGAGAUGGUGCGGUGUUACAUUCUGGCAUCUAUGUCAAAUGUUCUGCAACGUCAACAUCAGUCAAUGGAGUCUGCUUAUGACAUUCUGGAAAAUCUCAAAGAAAUAUUUGGAGAUCAGAAUUGUGCAGCUAAGCAGACUGCCAUGAAAGCUCUUUUGAAUACCAAAAUGGUCGAAGGUUCAUCGGUUAGGGACCAUGUUUUGAAGAUGAUGAGUCUUCUGAAUGAACUGGAGGUCCUUGGAGCUAACAUUGAUAAGGAUACGCAGGUUGAAAUGAUCCUGCAGACUCUGCCUGACAGUUUUCAGCAGUUUCGCCUGUGCCUGAAUUAUAACAUGAACAAAAUGGAUUUGUCACUUGCAAAAUUGCUGAAUGAGCUGCAGUAG